AUGCUGGACGUCUCGUCGAUACCGAGCUACCCGGUCCUGCCGCUCAGGGACAUCGUCGUCUUUCCGCACAUGAUCGUGCCGCUCUUUGUCGGGCGCGAGAAGUCGGUCGCUGCGCUCGAGACCGUCAUGAAGGACGACAAGCAGAUCCUCCUCGUGGCGCAGAAGAACGCCUCCCAGGACGAGCCUGCGCCCAAGGACAUCCAUUCCGUCGGCGUGGUCCUGGUGGAGGGAGGCGCCCGCGCGCGGAUCGUCGAGUUUCAGGACAAUCCGGCAUUCUUCGAGGCGCGGGCCGAGAAGAUGGAGGAGGACGAGGGCAACGCCGACGAGCUGGAGGCGCUCGGCCGCUCGGUAACGAGCCAGUUCGAGCAAUACGUGAAGCUCAACAAGAAGGUGCCGCCGGAGGUGCUGGUCUCGGUGAACCAGAUCGAGGAGCCGAGCAAGCUCGCGGACACGAUCGCCUCGCACCUCUCGAUCAAGCUCGGCGAGAAGCAGGAACUGCUGGAGAUCGGCUCGGUCAGCGGCCGGCUGGAACGCGUGAUCUCGCUGAUGGAAGGCGAGAUCGGGGUGCUCCAGGUCGAGAAGCGCAUCCGCUCGCGCGUCAAGCGUCAGAUGGAGAAGACGCAGCGCGAGUACUAUCUGAACGAACAGAUGAAGGCGAUCCAGAAGGAGCUGGGCGAGGGCGAGGACGGGCGCGACGAGGCGGCGGAGUUCGAGGCGCGCAUCAAGGCCACGAAGCUCACCAAGGAGGCGCGCGAGAAGUCGCUGGCCGAGGUCAAGAAGCUGCGCUCGAUGAGCCCCAUGUCGGCCGAAGCCACGGUGGUCCGCAACUACCUCGACUGGAUGCUGUCGAUCCCGUGGAAGAAGCGCACCCGCGUCAAGAAGGACCUCAAGAACGCCGAGAAGAUCCUCAACGACGACCAUUACGGGCUGGAGAAGGUCAAGGAGCGGAUCCUCGAGUAUCUCGCGGUCCAGCAACGGGCGCGCAAGAUGAAGGGGCCGAUCCUCUGCCUGGUUGGCCCGCCCGGAGUCGGCAAGACCUCCCUCGGCAAGUCGGUGGCACGCGCGACGGGGCGCAACUUCGUGCGCUUCUCGCUGGGUGGCGUCCGCGACGAGGCCGAGAUCCGCGGCCACCGCCGCACCUAUAUCGGCUCGCUGCCGGGCAAGAUCAUCCAGUCGAUGAAGAAGGCGAAGUCGUCGAACCCGCUCUUCCUCCUCGACGAGGUCGACAAGAUGGGCGCCGAUUUCCGGGGCGACCCCGCCUCCGCCCUGCUGGAGGUGCUCGACCCGGAGCAGAACAACACCUUCAACGAUCACUAUCUGGAGGUCGAUUACGACCUCUCGGACGUGAUGUUCAUCACCACGGCCAACACGCUGAGGAUGGCGCCUGCCCUGCUCGAUCGGAUGGAGACCAUUCGUAUCCCGGGCUACACCGAGCACGAGAAAGUCCAGAUCGCCAAGCGCCACCUGAUUCCGAAGCAGGCCAAGGCGCAUGCGCUCAAGAAGGGCGAGUGGUCGAUCUCGGACGAGGCGCUGAUCGACCUGAUCCGCUACUUCACCCGCGAAGCCGGCGUGCGCAAUCUGGAGCGGGAGCUCGCGAACCUGGCCCGCAAGGCGACGAGGGAAAUCGUGGCGGAUGGCCGGGAGAAGGUUCGUGUCACCCGGCGCAACCUCAAGAAGUUUGCCGGCAUCCGCAAGUACCGCUACGGCGAGGUCGAGCACAAGGACAUGGUGGGCGUCACCACGGGCCUCGCCUGGACCGAGGUCGGCGGCGAGCUGCUCUCAAUCGAGUCGGUGACGCUUCCGGGCAAGGGCCGCGUCAUCUCCACCGGCAAGCUCGGCGACGUAAUGCGUGAAUCGGUUCAGGCGGCCGAGAGCUACGUCAAGUCGCGCGCGGUCGAGUUCGGAAUCAGGCCUACGAUCCUCAGCAAGCGCGAUAUCCACGUCCACGUGCCGGAGGGCGCGACGCCCAAGGACGGCCCGUCCGCCGGUGUCGCCAUGGUGACCUCCAUCGUCUCGGUGCUGACGGGCGUCGCGGUCAGGAGAUCGGUCGCGAUGACCGGCGAGAUCACGCUGCGCGGGCGCGUGCUGCCGAUCGGCGGCCUCAAGGAGAAGAUGCUUGCGGCGCUGCGCGGGGGGCUCACGACGGUCCUGAUCCCAAGUGAGAACGAGAAGGACCUCGAAGACAUCCCCGACAAUGUGAAGAAGGACCUCACCAUCAUCCCGGUCGAAUCGAUGGACGAUAUCCUGGCGCUCGCGCUCGUCGCCCCGCUCGUGCCCAUCGAAUGGACGGAGGCUGACGAAGCAGCGCUCUACGGCCUCGCCACCUCGGACGACGACGCGGACGUGAGAGUCCUGCCCCCGCUGGGUGGCCGCGAGGCGCCGGUCCCUCCCCCGGUUUCCUGA